AUUUGUAUUUCCAGCUGUCUCUCCACAACAGUUGGCCUCCCUUAUCUACUAGUGUCCUAUUCAGCCUCCAAUACAAUUGCGUGCCUAGCACAGAUGGAGACCCUUACUCACGUUCCACACUAUCAACCUGAUCUCAAUAUGGCGAUGACAUCUGACAUGCCCAACCUCUUCGGCAGCCCAAACGAAUGGGGAAACGCAUCUCACUCGUUUACGAAGCGACCAAACGCCAACUACCUUGAGCUUUCCAUUCCAGAACUUCACAACCAACGGCGGGGGCCUCCACAGAGACAUGGCAUAAACGAUGCAAGGAUUGCUCGGGCAUCGAUUGAUGCAUCCAUGCCGACUUACGACGGCUUCACGCAUGGAGGAGAGUUGAAUCAAUCACCUGAAGCACAGCAGUUUAAUGGACACGAUAUAUACGCGUCUCAGACAGGUUUCACGGCACUCAACACACCCAGCGCCGAGCUGUCAACGCACAACAGAACGGACACGAUCUCUCCUCUACAGACCAGAUUCGAACCAUCCUUCAAUUCCAGUCCAGGCUUCUCGACCGACACUGGCUUGCACUCAGCAACGUCUUCAACUUUUGGUUCCAUCUCCGGGCCUAACGCGUUGGAACAAUCGUCCAUCAAGCGCCGGCGCCACAACACAUGGACAGGGGAAGCAACGCCAUCAUCUCCUCCGCCAACCGCCAAGCCAACCGGCAGACGUCGCCAGUCCGAAAACGUCGAACCCGGCUCCGCGCGUGCUAUAUACCUCGAGAAGAACAGAAAAGCGGCCAGCAAGUGCAGAGGCAAGCAGCGAAUGCAGCAGCAGGAGCUCGUCGAAACAGCUCGCGACAUGGAGCGCAAGAACAAGCAGCUCAAGGCCGAAGUGGAGUUCCUCAAGAGCGACAUGCGCGAUCUAAUGAUGAUUGUUGGACGCCAUUCAGAUUGCCCCGAUGGCAGACUGAAAAUGUAUGUCCAGCGCGAGGCCGAUCGACUAAUUUCUCGCGAUGCGGCUCCUCCGGCUGUAACAGCCCCGUCGGCCCCUUCUGAGAUGGCCCCGUCCCAGAAUAGCAAUGAUGGACAUCCUCCUUCCGAAUAA